AGUAAUUUAACAACCUAACUUGACCUAUGUGCAAGUUAGCAUUUGUUGAUUCAAUUUAGCAAGUUCUGGUCACUGCAGGAUGCUGUUUUGAAACUGGAUGUAAAGGGUGAGUGGCCUCUAAAAUAUGUGUUUAACACUGACUUAGUGCAUUAAGAUACUUUUUAAUCUGUCUAAACUUCACUGAAUGUAUAAUUUUAUGUAAAUGGUGAUGUAUUGGUGAGGCCAUUGAAGGAAUCUGCAGAAGUCUCAUACCUUCCUGAUGUAGCAAUUGUAGAUCCGUUAACGCAGCAUUUUGACAAUGUGAAAUAAACUUACAUUAAUUUACUUAGUCCUAAUCUUCUACCGCUGUAGUGUCUUGCCAUAGUCCUUUACCUGUCCCAUGAGACCCAUCUACUCCAGCACAGCCGCCACUGUCCGUCAAUGUGUCCAAGCCGUCAGAUCCUGCACAUCUUAAUUUCACGGGCAAUGUUCCUACGGCCAGUCUUCUUAUACAUGUUCGCAUUAGAGACCUUAUUUUGCCAGUGCAAAGCAAACCAAAGCAAAAAUAUACCACUUCAUAAUUGAAAUAUCACAAUACUGAAAUUCAAAUUGUUUGAGGCACGGGAGUGUGUCAUUGUGUGAUCGCUGGACUGGAACAAAAGCCUAUGCACUCCAUGGCCCUCUAAGAAGUAAUGUCAGGAUCAAUGACUUAGCCAGCUAGUUGAGGAAUGAUUGACUUGAAAUGUAAACGGUACCGACUAAAUAUUCUCAAAAAUCCAUAAUUUACUUAAACUUUUUUAAUAAACCAGAAAAAAAACUGAUUCUGCGUUGUGACAUACCCUGUAGGACUAGGUUGGCCACUCCUUCCUUUGCUCAGCCAACGCCUGGUGCAACAAAUCAACAGUAAUCAAUUAGUAUAAUGAAAUUAAAUUGUGCAGAUUGAUAGUAUCUGCUGGACCUUUUUCACUGGGAAACAAAUGUCGUACUUCGCCAAGCCCUUGAUACGUAGUCUAAAUGAGUGUCCACAGGUGUAUUUAAUUGCCUCCUUUCACAGGGUAAUCUAACUGGGGUAAAUGUAAUUUCAUCCAACUGCAAAGGGAAUCCUCCAUGAAUGUUAUCAUUGGGGGAUUAUCCCACACCCUUGGGUUUGACAAGUAAAUUCAGGCCCAUACUGUCAAAGAGGGGGUCACAUGGAGCUAAUCUCUGAAACCCAGAACUAAUUUUAAGUAAUUGCGUCAAAUGCUCAAUUAGGUUCUGGGGGGAAAUGUAUGAAAAAAUACAUUAACAAGACAAGUAAAGUCUUCACCCUCCUAAACGGAAACUCUUUACAUGGAGCAAAUGCAUUGCAUUGCAUUACAUUUUCAGCUGCAGGUAGAACUGGAUUUCUAUGAUGGGGCAGUUUAAGGAAUGACAUUCCAUGAGAGCAACAUUACUUUUUCAAAGAUUAUUUGAAAACUUGUACUAAUGUCAUUACAGAUUCUUCCAACUCAAUGGGGUUUAUUUUAUUGCUUGAAAACACUGAAAAUCUUAGACUGGCUUUAAGAGCUGUCCUAAAUGUUGGUCAAGAUGGCAUGGCUAAGAUGGCAUGGCACUAUGCAAGGCUACUUGAUUGUUUGAUUUGUUUUCAUUCCUAUUUUGCUGAAUGAGAGAGGCAGUGGUAAGUAUAAGCAGAACUUACCGCUUAGUUGGCUAUAGCCUGGAAACCUGAUGUUUUAUUCCAUGGAAUUCUACGUCGGGCAUAAAUGAGCAUUUGGAAUCAGGAACGUUUCCUCUCAUGACCUCUACAAGCCAGAAUGUUGAAUAAAAAUAUAUUUUAACUUACUUUACUGGUUGUCCGUGUGGUUGGUCUGUUUGCAGGUAGGAAUGUGAGACAAGUAUAAUUAAAUCAACUUUUCAAAGUGCUGGGUAAUGUGUUCAGAUUUCUGUCACCUGAAGCAUGCGCAUAAGCAUGAGCCUGGCAAGUAGGCAUGCAUCACGUGCGUGUAUUUUCAUGUGUGCAUGCUUCAAUGAAAUUCAACAUUGGGUUUCCAGGCAAGGUUGGCUAUUGCUUUUAAGUCAUGUGUAGAAGGGGAGCGUUCUUGUAUCCUACCUUCUCUCCACCUUGCUGCCUGCAGGCUUGGAGAAACUAGCUGCCUAUGUGAAUGCUGCUAGGUUUUGCACUAGUAUGGGGGAUUUAUUAUUCUCCUAAUUGAUGGGAUGACUAACUUAGAAAGAAUGCAUUCUGGACUGUGCUAAUGUAGGUUGUGUCACCUGGCAAGCUGUGAUUGAUGUGAAUAGCUGUUUUAGGGGGUAAAAUGAGAUAAGGAUUUGUGUCUCCAAAUACUAGACUAUACUGGUUCUUUGUGAUCUGUGAACCAUCCUUGGCUCUUCUCACUAUGACAGGUUGUUAUGAUAAACGUAUGCCUGGAAACAGGGAUGCGCUAAGAGGCGGGGGACUAGCCUGUGCGCCAACGGAUUGGCUGAGUAAGUCUAAACCACGCUCAAGUCUCUACUCUGAUUGGCCAGCAGAGAGGUGGGAACUCUCUCUCUGUAAGAGUAUUUGAAGAACAAUCUGAAACAAUGGAUUUAGUUCUCUGAAGUGCCCUGCGAGGUAUUUCAAAGAGCCCGUAUAUACGAAACAUCAUAUUUACCAUUGAAGGUUUUUGCAUUAAUUAAAAUAACUAGUAUAUCUUAGAAGUCGUGUUGACCUCUUUUGUUCCUAAUGCCAGAUUUGAAUUGACGCAACUUUGACAAUUGCAUAGCAUUUCUUACGACAUACAUGGACAAGCCCUGAAAUUUCAUACAGAUCUAUUUUGAAAAGAAUGAAUGAAAGACAAACAUCCAACAGAUUUAGUUAAUAGAUGAAUACACAUUUGACAAAAACACUCAGAAUUGGAUAAUCGCCUGAUGAUCACCAGCGUCCGGUACAACGGUCUAUGGCCCGUGACAUGAAAGGUCAAAAGUGGUGAUGGAGUAGCGCCAUUCUCAAAUCGAACAGUAAUCUGUGCCGCACGCUCAUGCUGUCAACAUAGCAGCAUGGUGCAUCACUCAGAAACAUACAUCUCUUUUCCAUAAAAUAUAUGUUAGAAUUUUCAAACUAGCUUUCAUUGGGAAGGCAGAUAAAGCAUUUUUAUCAAAGUCAAUCACUUUUGCAUGUGAACAGAAUCCUACUCAUUACUCCACGUGCUUAACCCACUUUUUUGUUUUGAGCUGACUUCGCUGUCGGCCAGAGCAGGGCACCUGGCUCACGCCCAGGAGGCAGCCCGGUUCCAAAACAAAUGCAAUCACUUUUCACCCGGUGCAAACACCUCCCACCGGGGCCAGAUAUUCUAAUCCCCUCACUGCAUCACCUGCUUGUGUUGCCAGGCAGGCUUUGCACUCUACCAAUCAGAGUUGACAGGGUGUAAAGAGGAGGAGGGGCUGCAUGAUGUGGGUGUGUCCCAUCUUGGACUUCAACAAUAGUGUGUACAGGGAAAGUCUGUUCUCCCACUUCUAUUUGAAUUUAAUGCACUUCAUUAAUGAAGAGUUUAAUGAAAAAUGUUCCGUUUUUAAUUUGCAUCAAUCAAAUGCAUUGCAAUUAAGUAGAGUAAAACAAAAACAAACUUGUACAUGAUUGACAUUAUUUUGCUCUCUUCUCCACCACCUUUCAGGUCAAACAUGGAUGUUGCUGUCGCAGAGGAACCCCUGAGGAAAAUCUUCAGAGCAAAAAAGACUAUGAAAGUCAGUGAUCGACGGCAACUGGAAUCCCUUCACACCACUCUUUCCUCUCCAUGUUCUAUCCCAUCCCCACCUCAGCCAGCAAUGGUAAAUGGGAAGCAAUCUGAAGAUGUGUCCAUGGAAGUAGAUAAAGAAACACAUGGAGCUACACAUCCCACCACUCCUGCUCCUUCCUCCCUGACAGCCACAUCCCUAACCACUGAGACCUCUGAGGAAUCAUCAACCUCUGCAUUACUGGUUCCUUCAUCACAGAACAUACACUCUGAUGUAAAAGAUGUUCAGGAAGAUGAAGGAGAGGGGGACAAGGAGUCUACAUUACCCAGCCUCGAGGUAGAAGACAAAAUGAAUGGAGUGAUGAAGGGGGAUAGAGAUUCCAAGGAGGAUGUUAUCCCUGCCUCUCCUGUGAGUUCAGAGAAAACAGAAGCGGUAAGGGAGAAAGAGGUUGAUGAUAUGGAAAUAGACCUGGUACCAGGUACCACUCAGGACACAAUGCCCAUAUUGAACCCUGCCUCCUCCCUCCUCCUGUCCCCCAACACGGCUGUAGAGUCUGUCUCUUCCCCCUCCCUCUCCCCAUCAUACACGGCAGAGUCUGACCAGGAGGUCAGGCCAGGAUUCCUGGUGCUUAGUGAUGAUGACGAUGUCCAGGAUGAGAGCGAUGAGGAGGAAAAAGAUGAGAAAGAGAAAGAACAGAGGGAAAGUGAAGAAGGAGGGGUGGAAAAAGUUGAGGUUAACAUGGAGAAGCCAGAACAAUUUGAAAGUGGUGCUCCAGUUGACUGUCCAUCCCCUUCAUCACCGAUACCCCGUCAGAUUGAUGAAGGUAAUCCUAUAGUCCUUUCCAAUCCCAACUGAAGCACCGAAGUGAUUAUGUCAAGUUUAGUUAAUAUGUUAGCUAGGUUGCAGGAAUUGGUCAUAUUUCUGACUUCAACUGGCCUGUUAGCUAGCGAAGAUAUACAUUUUUUCAAGAUGUUAGCUUCGAUAAUAGUGGUGUUGUUUUGAUAGAUGAUACUGUAAUGUUUUGUGUUCUCUCUAAACAAGAAGAGGAGGGUGCUGCUCUACAGAGGAAACGAUCCCUGUCUGGAGACUCAGAGGAUGGCGGCCAAAAGCAGGGAGAAAGAGAUGUGGAAGUGGUGGAGAGGCAUCACAAGAGGCCCAGAGUUGACUGUGAAGAGCUGGAGGCUCAUGUGGAACUGAAGAUCAGUGGGAGCGCUGAAAGGCAACACAAGCUGAAGAAGGUUGGUCCUCAAAUGAAAGAUGUUUUAUUUUAUUUUUUAUUUAAAGAAACCACAUCUCAGUUCCCAAAUUGUAGUCAUAUAUCCUGAGUUGCAUGGCAUAUUUUUGCUAUUUUAAGACCCUUUUCUGACAAGUAAUAUAUAUAUAUAUAUAUAUAUAUAUAUAUAUUUAUUUUAUGGUGCUACCUUCUUGUUUUUUGAGUGUUAUUUAUUUAAAAAAUCUCAGUUGGACUGGUUUCAAGUUUAAACAAAUAAAAUAACCUUCCAUCUUUAUUUUUCCUCACUUAAAAUCCCUCUCCCCUCCCUCUCCUCUGUAGGUGGUGCAGCAUCUUGUUGAGGAGCAGUUGCGUGUUCUGCAGCUCACACUGUUUGACAAGAGUCUUCAGGGGCUCAGAGACAGAGUGGACAAAAUAGAAAAACACCCGAGUGCCCUCAGCAGCCUGCAGGUUAGUUGUCAAAGGAUGGUAAAUAAAACACAAACAGGGUAAUCAAGGAUAAAGACAUUGGAAUGUAUUGCCCAUUAGACAAGCCAAUCCAUGCUCCACGUGUGCCCUUUCAGGCAAAGAUUGCCCGACUUUCCAAGAAAGUUGGAACUGCCAACCAGGCCAGGGAGAAUGCCAAGAAACCUCCAGAGGUGAGUGAAAAUGGAGGAAAUUGAUCUUUCAAUGAUGACUGUGAUUUCAGAGGGAACUUGCCUUUUUGAAAGGUUGAUGGUACCAUUGGAACUCCAUACAAAGUGCUCUUCCCUAUAUUCAUCAGGUACCGUUGCCGCCUACCUCUACCAAUGCCACAGCAACCACUUCAGCAGGAUCAGCAAUUCUCUGCCUGAGGUAAGUCAAUGGUUUGAAGUGUAGCAGCGUAUCCCAAAUAAUCAGAGGAAAGAAUUUUUCACCAGAGGGUAGCCCAAAGCAGUAGGUGCAUUGACAACUAAUAAUCAAUUUGUCAUUAAGAGUUAUCUGGGAUAAAAGUAAUUGAUUGGAUGCAUAGGGAUGUCAUACUGUAUCUCUCAGCAUCCACUUAUGUUUGUGUUCACCAUCAUUCUCCACUGAGCAACCUUUUGAUCAGCUUCCUGACUCCUCUGCCUGUACUCACUUUCCUCUCCUCUCCUUGUAAACAGAACAAUGGGGAACAACACACAGGAUCCAAUGCGUAAUGAUCAGAGCAGUCAAACCCCUACUCCUGUACGUAAUGAUCAGAGCAGUCAAACCCCCACUCCUGUACCCACAGGUAAGCAAGAGGGAGUUAGUCUGUUGGCAGGUUUCUCCUUAUAUUAAUCUAUGUGUUUUCUUUAACCACCUGAUAUUAUUAUGUAUUUUAUAUAGUCUAUCUUCAUUUUUUAAAUCUCAAUUUCUUUCUGUUCCACAAGCCCCCUUGCUACCUUCCCCCUCUUCCACAUCCUCAACUGGAUCUCAACCCACGUCCCAAACCUUGAAGCUGAGCACCUGUGUUACCCCAGCACCAGGCCAGUCUGCCUUCUCUCUCCAGCCAUUCCUCAUACAGCUGCCUGGAGGAGGGACAGCCAUCCUUACCAACCAAACCAACUCCCAGCUAACACCCACCGCUGCCUUCAUCCUGCAGAGGACUACUCCCUACACCCCUGCCGCUCCCAAGCCCCCCUCCGCAGCCACCCUCUUAUCUCAUUUCGCUGCCACACCCACAAAUACACCCACAACCAUGACUACACCCACUGACACACCAGCUGCCACAACCUCUCACAUGACCACAACCAUGGCCAUAACCACACCCAGGACCACAACAAUAACCACACCCAGGAUCAUAAUCACACCCAGGACCACAACCAUAACCACACCCAGGAUCAUGACCACAACCAUAACCACACCCAGGACCACAACCAUAACCACACCCAGGACCACAACCAAAACCACACCCAGGACCACAACCAUAACCACACCCAGGACCACAACCAUAACCACACCCAGGACCACAACCAUAACCACACCCAGGACCACAACCAUAACCACACCCAGGACCACAACCAUAACCACACCCAGGACCACAACCAUAACCACACCCAGGACCACAACCAUAACCACACCCAGGACCACAACCAUACCCACACCCAGGACCACACCCACACCCAGGACCACAACCACACCCACACCCAGGACCACAACCACACCCACACCCAGGACCACAACCAUAACCACACCGAGGACCACAACCAUAAACACACCCACAUGCAGGGCCACAACCACAACUAUGGCUACAACCACACUCUGUGCCACACCCAAUGAUGCCUACCCUGGAGCCAAUGGGACAGUCAGCAGGCCCAGCUCAGGCGUGUCUGUCUCCGUCUGUGAGUCCAUUCGGCUUGUGUCUGUGGCGAACUCCACUUCAACUACAUCCUUACCAAGAUUCUCAAUGCCAGCCACCACAGGCACUCAACCCUCUGUGCAACCAGCUGCCUCUGUGCAUCCAGCUGCCCCAGCGCAACUAGCUGCCCCUGUACCACAGGUGCCUGCGAAAACAGGUUAGCUUACAUCUCAGAUGUUUGGCUUGUCAUCUUGGAAGAGUAAAUGUAAAGAGUUUGUUUUUGUCCGGAUUCGGUGUCAUUCAAACUGAGAAGCUCUGUUUUCCUACACUCUCCUAUGUAGGAAGUCAAGCUACAAACCAUCCUUCAGACUCCACACAGGCAUCUCGCCCUGCCAAGUCCGAAGCAUUCAUAGACCUGACAGAGGAGGAGGAGGAGGAUGAUGAUGAUGAUGUUCAAGGUAAGAUUGAUAUUCCUUUCCUUCCUUCUUCCUUUUGGUGACCAGUAUUUAUGAUAUUAUAGGGGCCAGACAUGCAGUGGGUUGUACAUAGUGACUAGUGCACUACAUCUCCCUGAGUAGUCCCCAUGUGUUGUGUGCAGUUACUGGAGUGCUGAAGGCUCCGAUGGCUUUGAAGGCCUCAACAGCGUGUCAGCGAACCACAGCCACACAGCAAACAGCCACCUCCACUUCAGUUGGAACACAGGCCGGUAAGUGGAAUCUUGUGCCAACACUGUCUGUGGUUAUGUUGGCAGUAGAAUACCCAGAUUGUUUUUCUCUUUAGUUUAUUGCUGUGUUUCAGUGAGGUCAUCUCUUGGUCAGACUUCAGCCGUUGGAUCUCCACACACUGUUCAUCAUUGCCCCCUGCAGGUGAGACUACCAAAUGUUUGAAAGCGGAGCAACUUUGUCUUUCAAUACAUGGAAUACUGCAUGUUCCAGAAUUACGUUUGCCAAUUGGAAGACAAUUGUAUAUUGGCCUAUAAUCAACCAAAGAGAGUAAACAUAGCAAAUGAAUGUGAAAGGCUGAGUGAAAGUAGUACAAUUUUGUUAAAAUUCAUCUUUCAGGGCUCGCCAUCUAAAAGUGUUGCCUCAGCAACAACCACUUCUUCAUCUUCCACACCUUGCCUCCAGCCCUCUCCCCUUCCCCCUUUGCCUGUCCCACCUCAAACUAUCAGCCUGCCCCUAGAGGCAUCCAUCACCAGCCCUCCACAGCAGCCUCUGCUCAAAAUAACCCGGGUUCCGAGCCAGAAUGACGGCAUCGUGCUCUCCUGGUCUGUGACUGAGGUAGACCAGAGCUGUGCUGCCGUGGACAGCUACCACCUAUAUGCCUACCACCAGGACCCCUCUGGCCACGCCGCCCCCGGCACACCCCCCCUACUCUGGAAGAAGAUAGGGGAGGUGAAGGCCUUGGCUCUGCCCAUGGCCUGUACACUCACACAGUUUGUCUCUGGCUCCAAGUACUACUUUGCAGUCCGUGCCAGGGAUGUGUAUGGCCGCUUUGGACCAUUCUGUGUGCCUCAGUGCACUGACGUCUUAACGUCCCCUUCACCGAAAGCUCCAAUUUAA